UAAAACAACGGCACACUUGACGGCAGUCGCCCAACAGCAGGCUGCUGGGACAAGGCUCAGAUAUGAACUCCCUGGAACAGGCCGAAGACCUGAAGGCUUUUGAGAGGAGACUGACUGAGUAUGUCUCCUGUUUGCAGCCUGCAACAGGCAGGUGGAGAAUGAUUCUGAUAGUGGUGUCUGUUUGUACGGCUACUGGGGCUUGGAACUGGUUGAUAGACCCAGACACACAGAAGGUCUCUUUCUUUUCGUCACUGUGGAAUCAUCCCUUCUUCACCAUCAGCUGCAUCACUCUUAUAGCUCUCUUCUUUGCUGGGAUACACAAACGAGUUGUGGCACCAUCAAUUAUUGCUGCCCGAUGUCGGACAGUUUUAGCAGAAUACAACAUGUCCUGUGACGAUACGGGGAAACUUAUUCUCAAGCCUCGACCGAACAUCCAGUAACCCGCAAGCUUGAGUGGAGCGGUCAGAUGUACCUGGUCUUUGCUGAUAGCCACGGAUCAAUCUUGAGUCCUUUGGGUGGUUCUGAGCAGCACCCGAGGGAGACAUCACUGAGGCAGACAUUGUCAUCAUAGUGGAAAUGCCUUUGAAAGAAAGAAGAAAUGAACUAAUAGGGUCUUUUAACUGUGUCACUGUGCUGAUGUCAUGAUUGAAGAUAAGAGCUCAGAUGUGUUUAUUUCGGUUUCUGAUGUUGAGCAUGUAUUUUAACUCAAAUGUUUCUAUUUUUUAAAAUGAUUUACUUAAUAAAUACUUAAGUUGAAAAAUCAA